AUGUCAGACAAGCUACAAUCAAACCCGAACGACGAAAUUCAGCCGCAGGCGAACUCUGCCAAUGCUGAGAUGUCUAACCAGGGUCAAUUAUCUUCAGAAGGGGGAGCGAGCUCUAAGAAAGGUCGUGGUCUCCUUAAGGUCCCAUCAAGAUCAUCAUCACAGCGGAACCAAUCGUCACCAACAUCUACGGGGUUGAGUGGGGCUACAGUCAGCGAUCCCCGGAACAGCAUCGGCAGUCGAUCGAAAGACUCCAAAGGUAGCCUCCGUGCGCGACGACGGAACGGAAGCACUUCAAGCAACAGGACGGGCGGCGAGACUGAACCCACAAACACCGCUGCAAACACGCAGCCAAAUUCUCCUGUCGCCCCCGCCCAGAAGAAGAAGAGCCGUGGUGGCCUGUUGGCUUUUCUUGGAUGUUGUGGUACCCCCGAGGGCCCAGCUGGAAACGAAGAUAACAACGAAAACGUGCACAAGCUUGACGUCCUACCUCCGCGCCCAACUUCCGCAAGGUCACGAACCAACACUCCUCAGGAACAGCCCAGACCAGCCUCUCAGAGAGAACCUCAAACAGCCGUAUCUGCACCAGAGCCAAAGGACGAGGCUACCUCGUCAGGCUCAGCCAACAACGAAACCACAGCGACAGAGCAAGCCAACAGGGAAUCGAAGCAAUCGAUUCCUCCUGCAGUUACAGUGGAGCCCCCCAAGCCCACACCCACAGAAGAGCAGCCAAAGGUGGCAGACAAGGCGGCUAAUGACGGUGAUGUGAACAUGCAAGAUGCUGCCACUGAAGAGCCAGAAGAGGCACCAUUGGCCCCUGCAGUCGAAGCCCCAGCUCAAAGGACGAUACCACCUCCUCCCCCACCCCCAGGUCCUGGUCCGGCUGUCGUGGCACCCAGCCAAUUCACAGACGCUGGCCCAUCAGCACCCGAGCCUCAGAAGUGGUUAUUGCCUCCCAUUGCCCCGGAGCACAAGGGUCGAAAAUGUCUUGUUCUCGAUCUUGACGAGACUCUUGUCCACAGUUCUUUCAAGAUCUUACAUCAGGCCGAUUUCACAAUCCCUGUCGAGAUUGAGGGCAACUACCACAAUGUCUACGUAAUCAAGCGACCCGGUGUCGACGAAUUCAUGAAGCGAGUUGGUGAGCUCUAUGAAGUUGUUGUAUUUACAGCAUCUGUUUCCAAGUAUGGAGACCCGUUAUUGGACCAGCUCGACAUUCACAAGGUGGUUCAUCAUAGGCUAUUCCGUGAGAGUUGCUACAACCAUCAAGGAAACUAUGUCAAGGACCUGUCCCAAGUCGGACGUGACCUGAAGGAUACUAUCAUCAUUGACAACUCGCCCACCUCAUACAUCUUCCACCCACAGCACGCUGUCCCCAUCAGCAGUUGGUUCUCUGAUGCGCACGAUAACGAGCUACUAGACCUAAUACCCGUUCUCGAAGACUUGGCAGGGCCCAACGUGGCCGACGUCAGCCUUGUCCUCGACGUCACUCUCUGA